UAAUUUUAAAUAUUAAUCAUAAAUAACAUUAUUUAAAUGGAAAUUAUUCGACAUACUCAAAAACUGAGUUAUAUAAUUUUACCAACAUUUUUGAAUUCAGUCUCUUUUCAUAUAAAAUAUGUACAUUCAAAUUCAACAAUGCCAAUUGUAACACAAGAAACAAUAAAGAAAAUAGAACAAUUAUCUUUACUCAAUCUUGAUAAAGAUUAUAGCACUUCUGUUUUGAAAGCUGCAAUUAUUUUUACAGAACAUUUACGCAAUACAAAGAUUGAUAAUGAAAUCAAACCUAUGUACAGUCCACUUGAAGAAAAAUCAAUUCUUUUACGAAAUGAUAAUAUAGAAAAUAAUAUAUCUAAACAAGAAAUUUUAAAGAAUGCUGCUAUUUUAGAAGAAGAAUAUUUUAUAACACCAUUGCAAAUUAUUUCAAAAACACAAUGA